AUGCCGAGGGUAAAAAGAGAAAAAUGUAGUAAAAAAAAAAAUUUUAUAGAAAUAUAUAUGGGCCCUAAUGACGCAGGGGCAAAAAAAGUAGACUUUUCCUAUUAUGUAAAUAUAGAAUCCACAAUUUUAGAAUUAUUAUUAGAUAACAAUUUAGAGUCUUAUACAAAUGCAGGUAAAUUAUUAUUUAUUGUUUUAUCCGGAUUAUCUACAAAAGUUUUAUAUAUUAAAAGAAUCCUAAAUUUAAUACAUUUAUUUUUUUAUAAAGGUGGACAAAAAUUUUAUCAUAGCGAUUUGCAUUUAAGUGUUUUGCUAUUUUUACAAAGCAAUGUUAAAAUGUAUUAUUCUAAAUUCUCUCUAUAUAUUUAUAAUUUAUUAUUGUCAAAUAAUGAUUUAGAUGGAAUAGAAAACAAUAAAAAUAUAUUUGUACCAAAACAUUGCAUAUGUACUUUAUCUGAUUAUCUAUAUUUUCAUAUAAAUGAUUUUAUGAUCCUGGCUCGAAAUAUUAUAUAUGAUGAAGUGGAUGGCAAAAUUGAGAUGAACAAUAAAAAUUAUAUGACAAUGGAUAACAAACGGAAAGGAGACAGAAGUUAUAAAAAAAAAUUAAAAAAUGAAAAAAAAAAAAAAAAAAUUGUUUUAUAUAAUGAAAAUGAUGAAGAAAUUAUGCAGAAUUUUUGGAAAAUACUAAAAUAUACAUUCCCUAAAUCAACAGAAAAAAAUUUUAAAGAUUUAAUAUCUCAAUGUUCUCAAAUAAAUUACCCACUACAUAGUAUAUAUUUAGAUAUAUACGUUUUAAUUAAUAUAAAAAAUGUUAUGAAGGUUGUAAUAUUAAUAGAUCAAUUAUUAUCUUUAGAUUUCCCAUAUUAUUAUUUUUAUGAAAUUAAAUUGAAACUUCUUUUAUUAUAUAUCCAUUCAUAUUACAAAAAGUAUUUUUUUGAUGAUAACUCAAUUCGUGUAGGAAUAAAGGAAGAUGGACAGGGGGGUAAGUUUAUUAUAUCAAAUAAAUUGGGUAAAGCAAGUAACUUAAAAUAUGUAGAUAUUUCAAAAAAUAUUAAUAAUGAGAAUGUUAUGAAAAAUGAAAAUAAGAUGGAUAUACUAAGUGAAAAAAAAGUGAAAUAUGGGACAGAAAUAAAUGAAAAUAAGGAAAAUAUUGGUGAAUUAAAUGAUAUAAAUCAAUUUGAUAAUGAUGAUAUAUAUUCAUUAUGUAGCAAUAGUAACAAAGGUUCAGAAAAAGGUGAUACUUACAUAGAUCCAGAACCAAAUAUCCUCGAGUUUUAUAACAGUUCUUUGGAUAAUGAUAAACAUAUUUAUUUAGACAAUUUCAUGAAAUUAUAUAUAAAUAAUACAGAGAAUGAUAUUUCAAGCCUUCCAUCAAUUAGUGAUUUUCAUGAUAAUAAUAUCCUUAAUAAAUUGAAAAUAAAAAGUAAACAAAUUAAAAUGAAUUAUGAUACUUCAUCUUUAUUGGAAAAUGUGCCAAAAGAAGAAAUCAAAAAAUUAAAUGAACAAGCACCAACAAAUAAUUGGGAUAUAAAAGAUGGAAUUGAUUCUCAUAUCAAUAAUAUCUGUGAAAAAAAAGAUUAUGAUAAUUCCUUUGGUAAAAAGGAAGAAAAAAAUGAUAAGUGUUUUAAUAGUGAAGAUGUACAAAAUAUUAACAAAAACACAUAUAAUGAUAUAAUAUACAAUAUACAUGUAAUUGAAAAUGUUGCAAAAUCUUUACUUACAAAAUCUUGUUAUGACCCUAUAUAUUUAAAACUUUUCUAUUCUUAUUUAUUACCAUUUAUAUCUUUUAAUAAAAGAAUUGAAAUAUUUUUAAUAUAUUCUCAUGCAAAUUAUAAGCUUAUCAAGCCUUUGAUAUUUAUAAUUUUUUACAACAACUAUGGGUCUGAGUUUAUUCUUAACACUUUUAAUAUUAUAUUCAAAGAUCAAGACCUUUUUCAAAUGUACAAAAACACUUAUUUUAAUGAAAUAUCAUUCAAAAAUAUAUCUAAAACAUAUUUUAUUUUUUUAAUGCUUCUUUCUGUCUUUUUUUACAACAACCCAAUGGAAUCCAUGCUCUACAUCUUUAAUCUCUUUUACAAGUAUGAUAAAGAAAUAAUCAAUGAUCAAGAAGGUGACAUAGAUUACAAAAAAAUUUAUGAGGAUGUUAUUUUAGAGAACGAUGAAAAAUAUGUAGAAGAAAAAAAGUAUAUAAAUAUAAUGAUUAUUAAAUUUAUUGAAAUAUACCAAGAAAAAUUUAAUAUUUAUCUGUGUAAUUAUUUCGACUUUUAUAGAAUUUAUUUUAUAUUAUUUGUUUCGUGCGUUGAUAUAAAUAAAGAUCCAUCAUAA